GUAUAGCUAUGAUCGUAGCUUGCGGGAAAGCAUGGAUUGCUUAUUAUGACUUAAACCCCUCCACGUGUAAUUUCCGGCAACUUCAAAGAGUGAUAAUCUGCUUAACUAGUAAAUGUAAAGGGUAGAAUCUAUGGAAAAUGAUUCCAUUCUAGCUUCUCAGCCCUACGCGGCGCUACAUCUAAACCGAUUCACUACAAAGCAAGGAGAAUGUUACGCAAUAAAUACCUUAGGUACCUAGCUUCCCCGCAAUCCUAUUAAGACAAGCCCCUAGACUAGACGAUCCAAGGCGGCGAAUGAUAUGCGAUGGUGCUGAAAACGCCCGGGAAUUCAGUUCUAUCACGUCCUAGAACGGCAAUCCGACGCGAUGAUUCGGUCCGUAGCGAUAUUUCUUGUCAGCCAGCAUGGCUCUAAAGAAUCCUCCUGUUCGAUACGGUAUGAUAUUUCAUAAGUUUAACGUCGGCAUUCCAGAGAGUCUAUCCUAGCGUAGUCUUCUCAUCGAUGGGUUCUAUCUUAAUGGGAGUUUUUCAUCGGCAAUGAAACUAGCCAUUCCUCUAAUAUUCAUCGCUCUUGGUGCCAAGGCAGAAAGCGAAACCUUUGACUAUGUGAUCGCCGGCGCUGGUACAUGCGGACUUGUGCUUGCAAAUCGAUUAUCAGAAGACCCGAAUGUCCAAGUCGUGGUUGUCGAGCCGGGCGAUGAUGUUCGUAACAACCCUAAUGUCACAGACGUUGGCGCGUUCCUCCGCGCCUUAAAUACCGAGAUCGAUUGGCAAUAUACCACGACGCCACAGCCGGGAGCUGAUAAUAAAUCAAUCCCUUUCCAUGCUGGCAAGGCCAUUGGAGGGACUAGUACAAUCAAUGGUAUGACUUACAUCCGAGGCGACAAGGCUGAGUUUGACGCAUGGGAAUCUCUCGGGAACGACGACUGGAAUUGGGACACAUUAUAUCCAUAUUUCAAGCAAGUCGAACAGUUCUCUCCCCCCACUACAGUCCAGCAGGCCGCUGGUGCCACUUUCAAUGCAGAAUAUCAUGGUGAGGAUGGAUUGAUGAAAACGGGCUUUCCAUUCAGACUCCUUAACGGAUCCUUCUACGAAUUUGCUCAACAGGCUUGGGAAAGUUUGGGUUACCCCCUAAACCUAGACGUUAAUGGUGGUGAAACACGCGGGUUUGAUGUUUGGCCACAGACAUUAGAUAGGGACGCAAACAUUCGGGAAGACGCCGCUCGAGCGUUCUACUAUCCUAUUGAGCAGAGACCUAACCUCAAGAUUAUUAAGGGAACAGUGACGAAAUUAACUUGGGCGAAUUCGUUAGCAAGUGACAACACGCUCUUGGCAGACGGUGUUGAAUACCUGGAUACUACCGACCAAACAGUCGCUAUAAGCGCAGUGAAAGAAGUCGUACUGUCCGCCGGGUCUUUAAGAAGCCCCCUAAUCCUUGAACGCUCAGGGGUUGGGAAUCCAAAUAUCCUUAAAGAGCACGGCAUAGAAACGAAGAUCGACCUCCCCGGAGUGGGUGAACAUUUGCAGGACCAGCCCAACGUAGCCCUCGAAUACACUUCAAAUAUCAAUCUGACAGGAACUGUGCCGUACGCAACAUUUGCCACAGCUCAAGACCUAUUCGGUAAACAGACUUCCGCAGUAGCAGAGGAGACAUAUACCAAACUAUCCGAAUGGGCCCAAAAGGUCUCGGAUAUUAAUAACAGAGCCAUUGAUGCUCACCAAUUAGAAAAAAUAUUCCGCAUACAACACAACCUAAUCUUCAAGGACAAUGUUACAAUUGCCGAAACCCUAACCUCAGCUUCCGGCAAUAUCCUCCUGUCAGCAUUUUGGCCUUUGUUGCCUUUCUCUCGAGGUAGUGUCCACCUCAAAUCAAUCGAGGCUAGCGAUCCCGCAAUUGACCCAGAGUACUUCUUGAUCGAUUUCGAUCUCUCAAUCCAGACCGAGCUUGGGCGGCUCUCACAAGACCUCUGGUAUACAAGCCCGAUCAGCGAUGUUGUAAUUGGUAAUUUAGUUCCUGGAGACGAAGCACUGCCUCGCAAUGCUACUGAUGCUCAAUGGGCGACUUUCAUUGCAAGAACCGUAACCCCUAAUCACCAUCCUAUCGGGUCAGCUUCGAUGAUGUCCCGCGAGCUCGGAGGAGUCGUUGAUCCUAAGUUCAAGGUAUACGGGACAUCUAAUGUUCGUGUUGUCGACGCGUCCGUGCUACCAAUGCAGAUUAGCGGCCAUUUAACUGCCACACUUUACGCCAUAUCCGAGAGGGCAGCCGAAUUUAUUAAAAGUCCAUAGUAUACGAAGGUCCGGGCCAAAAGUCUUGUACAUCUAGUUUUGGCAAACCACGUGUGAGUAAAAAAAGGACCGCACGGUAUU